UAUAAAAUAAUAUAUUGUUACGCUAUCUAUCGUUACUAAUCGAAGUUACGAUCAUAGAAUGUAUUAGAACAGUGUGGAGGUUUAAAGUGAAAUAUGGCGGCAUUUCGAAGUCUGUAGUUCUAGAAAUAUAACCUUUCUAAAUAGUAACAGAGUUAAAUAUAUUUUGUUCGUAUUUUAUAUAAGAAAAAACAUUACUAAUUAAACAUGCCUAUAGAUCAUAAACGAAUUAAUGGUCCAGAAGUGUCUGUACCAUAUAUUAUGUAUAUUAAUGCUAAAUGUGAGGAAAAAUAUACAAAAGAUUUCAUAUCUAAAAGGAAGGAUGGUCGUGCACAUAACGAACGAAGGGAAAUAUUUUUAAAAACUGGGAUAAUUAGUCAAGCAAAAGGUUCUGCAUAUAUUGAAAUGGGUGAUACUAAAGUUGUAUGUUCAGUCUUUGAUCCCAGAGAAAUUCAUAAUAAAAAUGAUUACUCUACACAUGGUGAAUUGUUUUGUGAAUUCAAAUUUGCUCCAUUCUCUUGUGAAAAAAGAAAAAUGCAUCAACAAGAUACAAAGGAGAAAGAAUAUAGUUUGAUUUUGAAAAGAGCUUUGGAACCAGCAGUUUGUUUACAUGAGUUUCCUAACUUCCAAGUAGAUGUCUAUACUACAGUUUUGGAUAAUAAUGGUUCAUCCUUAGCAGCUGCAAUAACUGUAGCUAGUUUAGCACUAGCUAAUGCAGGCGUUCCUAUGUUUGGUCUUGUUACUGCAUCUACUGUGGCUAUCUGUGGUGAUAUACUGUGUCUCGAUCCAACGUGCGCUGAAGAAUUAAAUUGUAAUAAUACCUUAACAUCUUGUGAAAAUCGUGGCAUUAUACUACAAGCAUCUCUUCCACAGCUUGAACAAAUUUCAGAAUUUUUCUUAGUAGGAAAUUUAAAUAUGGAACAUAUUACUAAUGCUAUAGAACUCAUAAAACAAGCUAAUAAAGAUAUAUGUCCACUAUUACAACAAUGCCUAGUUAAAUCAGUUUUUAAAGUAUUCAAAGAAACUGAGCGUAAGAAAAAAGAAGUUAAAUAAAAUAUUUAUUUACAACAAAAUUUUUAGACUAAAAAUCAAAUGAUUAUAAGAAAAAAUAAUAAUACAGCUAACCCCACUGAAUUAGUUUAUUUUAUCUUUACAUUCAUAUGGUAUAUAAUUACUAAUAAUUUCUCAUAUUUCUGUUUUUAUACUAUAUAUAUAACACCCAGAUAACUGAUUUUUGAAAUUAUUUUAUGUAGAUAUCCCAUUUUGUGGAUAUUCCUAUCUUACUAAAUAGUAUGCUAAAAAAAGUUUAAUUUAAAUAUAAAAUAUAAUAUAUAAACACAUUAUCUACUCAUUUGUAUCUCUGUCUAGCAGGAGUAUGUUAGAGGCCAUCAUAAUAAAUUCAGGCCAUAAAAGUACUGUAUUUAUAAAUUUAACAAUAUUGUAACAGAUCUUUUUUUUUAGUAUCAUGCUACUAUACAUUAUCAUUCUUUGUAAUAUAUUAUUUAAACCUGAAUGUUGAAAUAUAAAUAAAUGAUGUAAAAUAA